GUGACGCUUUCCUUUCCUUGUACAGUGUGUAUGUAAUUGAAUGUAGGUGCUGAGCUGAGAACAGAGACAGAGGGGUGAUGCCGUUCCGGCGGGAGCUGCGGGCUCUGGGGUACAUUGAGCGCGGGGACGUUCUGCGGCUGAAGUCUUACAUCAGGAAACAUCGCCACCUGCGUCUGGAUCACGUCUUACCAGGAGGGCGGAGCCUUCUCCAUGCUGCCUGCGCGCUGCGCGAUGACGCCUGCGCUCUGCUGCUGCUCCGGAAAGGAGCCGACCCCAUGCAGCGGGAUGCUUCCGGUAACAACGCCCUGCACGUGGCAGCCCGGGAGGUGGAGAAAGGAGGAUGGAAAGUGUACACGGACCUGGUUGUGCCGAUACUCAAGCGCUGCCCGCAGUCCAUCGAUGUGGCAGAUCAUCAGGGGACGACACCUCGAGACAUCCUGAGACGGGCCGAAGACCUCAUGGAGAGGAACUCCAGGCGGAGCGCACACCUUUCAGAAGCCUCUCCAGACGUCUCCUCGCAGCAGUCUUCAGAGUGGAGAGAAAAACUCUUAGCAGAGAGCAUGGAUGAAUAUCAAGAAUUGUACGGACAGUAUGAGGAGGAUUAUCCAGAAGACGUGCCCGAGGUGGAGACCUUCGAGUCCUGGGCCGAUCGAAUCUACAGAGAAUAUCAAGCAAGGAAGAUCCCGUCUGAGCCUCCUGGUGCAAAGGGCAAGAGAGUCUCUGUGCAGGAACCGUCCAGCGCUGCGGGAGAGAAGACGUACUUACAGAGGCAAGGCCAGAAGGAGAAGGAACUCCGGGGGGCGCAGAGUGUGCGCUACCAGAAGAGAUGUGAGGAGGUGUUUGGAAGAACGGGCUCAUCAGCCAAGGCUGAAGAGGAACUGGUCAAGAACCCUACUGCAAGAGACUGUGAAGGCCGCGGUCCCACUAAGAUCAGGACUGGUCUCGGUACAUUGGGGUACAGCGACAUCCCAUGGCCACUGCCAGGAGGGACCGCUGAACAGAUGGCACAGACCAUUGCUGCUAGUGGCGACCCCUCAGAUGCAGGGUCAUAUAAACGCUACCUGCGGGCGCAGAGGGUGACGUGGCAUCCUGACCGCUUUAUGCAGAGAUGUGGCUCUCGUCUGCUGGCCAAGGACAGAGAACGUGUGCUGCGAACAGUUACAGCGUUGUCACAAGAACUGAACAGACUAGCAGAGCUGACAAAGUGAUGGGAAGAUGACAAGUAUUUGGUCACAGGUGUAUAUGUCAUGGCAGAUGUAACUAUACAGUAGAUUCCAAUAAUCCGACUUCCUUGGUAUUGGCAGAGGUGCUGGUCUACCGACAACACAGGCCCCCCAUUGUUUGCCGGAAGGCCGGUGAGUUGGCAAUGUUUCCAUGUAUAACUCCUAGUGACUGAUAAUCCAACACAGGACUGUUUCGGUCAC